UGUAGGCGACACACAGCAAGGCUGUCUGACAAACAACAAAUUAUAGGGCUCAGAUCUGGCCCCCAGGGCUCCUAGGAACUUCCGGACGGUGCAGCAGGAAAAUUAACAACCGCUAAAUGAGAACAAUAGCAAGUCCUACUGACACCGCUCGUUUUCCGAGUGGUCUCUCAGAAGAAAGUGACUUGCCGACCGUCAAUCAGAUAGUAGGAAGACGCGAAUCCGAACUCAGCGUUUCUUUCCCGCGGGUUCUUUCAUGAUUAACCACACGCAUGGAGCAAGAACAAGAGACAAGUUUGCUCUGUGUAAUCUAAGCCUCGCCGGAGAGGGAAUGGAAAUCCUUGUCUUGACCUGCCCAGCCUUCUCUAGGUCAUUGUGAGGAUCAAGAGCUUAGUAAGAUCAAGCUUCGUUCCCUGGCUCUCCCGCAGAUCAAGCAGCUGGCACACCCUAGUACUAGACACUACAGACAUUUUAUUUGGCCUUAAGAGAUGGGUGCUGUCCAGCAGGUGUGUCCGUCUCCCUGGCGGGCGGGACUGCUGUUUCCGGGCUGUCCUGGCACUCGAACAGCGCUGGGCGUGGCUGCGGUCAGACAACCCCAAACCGAGAUGACCUGGGGUAGAGGACGAGCGCGGCGAGCCUGCCGUCCGCAGGAGGAGCUGCCCAACCCUCGGCUCUCAGCCUCUGCGUCCGCUCAGGAACCCACGGUACGCGCCAACUCCGGGACAGCGAAACCUCGGCGCCUCGGGCACUCGGCGGAGACCGGUCGCGGGCCUUGCAGCCGGGCCCACGAGAGUUAACCAACCUGCUCCAGCGGAGGCCGAGGGCCCGGCCGCUGAGCACCUCCCAUUGGCCGCCGAGCCGGCUCCGCGCUCAUUGGCGGAGGCGCUCGGCUGCGGCUCUUGGAGAGUCCCCAUUGGCGCUGCGUUCCACCGACCGGAGAGUGGCGGCCCGGCCUCCGCAAGCUACCCGGGUAAAGCCUGGACUGCAAAAAGCCAGGUGUUGGCCCUGAUAUCCAUCCCUGCUUCCCGAGGCCGUUGCUACCCCUACCAUGGACUUCUUGAUGAGUGGUCUGGCAGCCUGCGGGGCCUGUGUGUUCACCAAUCCCUUGGAGGUUGUGAAGACCAGAAUGCAAUUGCAGGGAGAACUGAAGGCUCCGGGAACCUACCAGCGCCACUAUCGGAACGUCUUCCAUGCCUUCUUCACCAUUGGCAAGGUGGAUGGCCUGGCUGCCUUGCAGAAGGGCCUGGCCCCUGCGCUCCUGUACCAGUUUCUGAUGAAUGGCAUCCGACUGGGUACCUACGGGCUGGCGGAGUCUAGGGGAUACCUGCGCACUGAUGAAGGCAUCCACAGUCCUAUCCGCAGCGCUGCAGCUGGGGCCCUAGCUGGGGUCAUGGGAGCCUAUCUGGGAAGCCCAAUCUACAUGGUGAAGACACACCUUCAGGCACAGGCAAAGUCUGAAAUUGCUGUAGGGCACCAGUAUAAGCAUCAGGGCAUGUUUCAGGCACUAACCGAGAUUGGCCAGAAACAUGGUCUAGUGGGGUUGUGGCGUGGGGCCGUGGGCGGCCUGCCCAGAGUGGUCGUCGGCUCCUCUACCCAGCUGUGCACCUUCUCAUCUACCAAGGACCUCUUGAGCGAGUGGGAGAUCUUUCCUCCCCAGAGCUGGAAGGUGGCUCUGGCGGCUGCCAUGGUGAGUGGCAUCGCAGUAGUCCUGGCCAUGACACCCUUUGAUGUGGCCAGCACGAGGCUCUAUAACCAACCCACUGAUACCCACGGCAAGGGCCUCAUGUACCGGGGGAUCUUGGACGCUCUGCUGCAGACAGCUCGGAAAGAGGGCUUUUUUGGCAUGUACAAGGGUAUAGGUGCCUCCUAUUUUCGCCUUGGCCCCCAUACUAUCCUCUCCCUCUUCUUCUGGGAUCAGCUGCGCUUCUUCUACAGCACAUAUACUAAAUGAGUCACGCUCCUGUACUCCAAAUCAACACUCUUUGGGCACCAGCCUCUACUACUUACUAUCUCAGUGACUAUUUACUGACCGAUUAACUUCUCAUGAACCUAAGGGGGACAGCCACAUCCACUGCCUCUCUGUUCUCUUAGGAUUGAAUCAUUCUGAGCAGUAAUUUAUGUCUUUCCCAUGGAUAUUGCUUUAAAUUGCCACACAGGUCCCCCACACCCAUCUCAGGGUUGAAUCAGACACUCCAAAGUAUAUUUCUACUGCCAUUCUUGGGUCCCUCCUGCUCCUGUACACAGCUUUAAAAGCCCCCCUUCCAAGACCAAAGGGAACUGGGGAGAUCCAGGUGUCCUCUUAGAUUCAAAGCCACAGAAACUAUGUUGUUUAUAAAGCAAGUUUAUUUCCGCAGAGGAGGUGUCUUAUGUUUAUGUCCAGGGAAGAAGCAGAAAGAAACUCCCCCUCUCAGAACUGGGUCCCUGAGUCCUCAGCAGCAGUUAUGUGUUCCACCAUCUUUACUGGGGACCAAAGAUGUUGGGAUCAUGAAGAGUCAAACUAGUCACCAGUUGUUCAAAGUUACCCAGGCUCCAAGGUGGACAUGACAGAUUUUCAGGGCCAAGAGACCUGCUGUUAGAGCUUAGGGAACAGAAGGAGAAAGAAUCCAGCUUGAGGUUUGCAAGAUUACACUUCCUAUUCCCCAGAAGACCAGGAAUCCCUGACCCCCAAGCCCCUGGCUCAUUUCUGCUUCCUUGAAGGAGUCCACCAGCCAGUCUUCCUGUUUGACCCACCCAAGCCUAAUUGUUGGGGGGGGGCAACACCCAAUCGCGAGCUUCCCACCCUUUCCUUAGUCCUUACGGGGGCUGAUUGAAGGUGAGCAAGAGAUCAGUCUGGUACUGGGGCAGCCGAAGCAAGGCCUGAUGUAGUGUGACAUCCUUUGCUACCUAAAGGGAUCAGAAUCAGAAUGCUUACAAGGAUGGUACGUGGAGCUACCCUUCCCCCGCUCCACAUCCCCUUCGCCUUGGCCCUCACCUGCUGGUUUUCUUUAGCUACCUGCUGCUUGCCAGAAAGGAACCAGGCAUCUUGACAGCUGCCCCUCAGGGAUAAGUUCUCCAAACAGAGAGGCUGCACAGAUAACACGUGCACGGCCCUAGCCCCCUGCACCCCGCCAACGUCCUCAAAAUGGUACCUAGAGUCGGGGGGACAGGGGUAGGGAGGGGCAUCAUUGAAUAACCCAUCCCCGCCCUCGAGUCUCACUCUCCUGGCUAGUUUGCUAUCGUCGCCCUUGGAGUUUUCGUCCUGAAUAACCGUCCAGCCACAGGCCCCGCCCACCUCCUUGGCUCCUGGCCUCCCAUUGGCUAGCUUUCUCACCGCGCAGCCGCUUCGCCCCGCACGUGGGCCUGCAGCUCCAGAAGUUCCACGAUCAGACUCUGGUCGGUCACGGGAUGGCAGAAAACUUCUUGGUUGUCCGGGACCGGUCGGAGGUCGCUGGAGAGGGACAGGGACACUCUAGUUGUCUCUGGCUUCUUCCCGCAACCCACCCGACCGGCCUCCGGGGCGCGCCUGGGCUUUCUCACCUCACAUCAAUGGCCCCAGGCGGGAGGAUGGCAGAGAAGGCGCCUCCGAACAGUGGACAGUUUCUGGUGGGCUCCAUAGAUCUGGGACUCGAGUCUGGACAUUAGCGAGGUUUUAAAGAAACCUAUAUGGGCCUUUGAGGCAUCUCUUCCUCUGGGGUUCCGGAGCAGCCACCGCCUCCUCCCGGCCUACUAAGCUCUUGGACCUUUAAGAUCUAGCCACGCCCCUCGGUUACGCUGACCAAUCAGCGCCCGCGCUCUGGGGGCGGAGCUAUUCUUGAGGGCUGUGCUCUAAAGUCCAGCUCUUCGGAAGGAGCCAGGUCCGGCGUAGGGUCUGGUUUGCUGGCCGGUCUGUGUUUAGGAUUUGGGAAGCCGGUGUAUGCCUGCGCCUGCUCCUUCCUUUGAAAGGAAGCACCUUCUAAGAACGUUACUUGAGACCGUCCUUAAGAACAGCUGUCCGGCCGGGCGGUGGUCGUGCACACCUUUAAUCCCAGCACUAGGGAGGCAGAGGCAGGUGGAUCUCUGUGAGUUUGAGGCCAACCUGGUCUACAAGAGCUAUUCCAGGACAGGCUCCAAAGCUACAGAGAAACCCUGUCUCGAAAAACAAACCAAUAAAUGAAUGAGUGAAUAAAUAAAUAAAUGAAAAUAAGAACAGCUGUUCGCCAGGCUGUGCUGGCGCAUGCCUUUAAUCCUAGCACUAAGGAGUUCGAGGUCAGCCUGGUUUACAAAGCGAGUUUCAGGGACAACCAGGGUUCCACAGAGAAACCCUGUCCCAGGGGUGGCGGGGAAACUAAGAACAGUUGUUCAAUUAAAGGGCCUAUGUAGGUGGGGUCUGCUGAGCAAGGGGAGAAUCAUUUGAAGGGAGAAUCAUUGUUCUUGGGUUACUUGACCCUGAAUGGGUUGACAACCAGACAACUCAAUUUCCGGAUCUAUGCUGGGAAUUAAAGGAAACCUCAGGUCCAGGUGUGGGGGGUCUGGGUUAGGGUUCAGACCUCAAACUUUGAUACCUAACCUGAGGAUUAUGGUUCUAAUCCUCUCAAAUCUUCCCUUGGGAAGCUGAGGGUAAGCUCUCCCCUAGUACACCUGGAUCAAAGCACAGAUUAAACUGUUGUUUUUCCUUUACAGAUUUUGAGAGUGUUCUUUAAGUAUUUGUUCAACUUUAUCCUUCGAGUUAAUUUCUUCAUUCAUCCUUGAUCCCCAGCACCUGGCAUAAUGUUUAGCCCAUAAUAGGCCUAGGAGUAUAUGGUUCCACUACUGAGUACAUCUACUAGUGCCAAUGCCUGGGAGCCAGGAGGCCACCCGUGCCCUCAGUGGAUUCUAAGCAGUAGCUACUUCCCAGCUGAGAACUGAAUACUGGGUUUCUCAUCUGGGCCACAUGAACCCUUAUAAUUUACUGGAAAGGAGCCGAGGGUUACGUGUUUGUUGAUACCAGCUGUUUCCUUUGUGGGCCUGGCGAUACAAAGGAGCACCUUACCAAGGAGUAAAGGUAUCAGUGGAGCUUGCUUUGAAUAUUAGAGUUUGAUUUACAGAGCUCCCGAGGGGAAUCCUCUACCAUUAAAUUCUCUCUCUCUCUCUCUCUCUCUCUCUCUCUCUCUCUCUCUCUCUUUCUCCCUCCCUCCCUUCAACUGCGAUCAUCCCACUGUAGCCGCCACACCCAGUUUGGACUCUAUUUCUGUCUGUAGGCAUCUGGCUUUUCUCCCAGGUUUUCCUCAUCUCUAAAGCACUGUUAGGAUUGAAAUGUGCCCAGGUAUGGUGGCACAUGUCUCUAAUUCGAGCACUGGCGAGGCAGAAGCAAUCAGAUCUCUGUAGUUCAGGACCAGCCUCUUCUGCAUAUUGAGUUCCAGCCAGCUAGGGUUAUAUAGUGAGACUCUUCCCCAAGAAAUAAACAAACAAAUAAAUAGAAUUGAGAUGUG